AUGUCGCCGUCUCCUUUGGUGUUGAACCGAAGCACGAUUUGCCGAAUCUGGCACCGAGCUGCAGUCGACCUGUCCGACAAGCUUCACCCGUACCAGUCUGUUUGCUCAAGGAAAAAAGGUCGUUCUAGCAGGAACCUCAAGCACGACUCUGCUGCUGCCCGUCUCAAACUCGUGCCCAAGGCUCGGCGGACAACAUUUCGGUCCAUCGCUGCCGCCAUGUCCAUGCCCAAGUCGAUCCUGCAUGACUACUAUCGGCGAGGAAUUUUCGUGGAAUAUUCUAGUUCGGUCAAGCCGGCACUGACGGAUUCCAACAAGGCCGUUCAACUCAAGUGGGCAAUCGACCAUGUUCACCCGCAUGAUGGACUGUGUCCAUGUCGACGAAAAGUGGUUCUUCGCCACGCGAGUUAUCUUGUACCCGACGAAGCCCCUCCUCAUCGCACAGUCAAGUCCAAAACGUUCAUCACGAAAGUCAUGUUUCUGUCCACUGUUGCCCGACCACGUUGGGACCACGACAAUGAUGAGUGGUUCGACGGCAAUAUCGGCACAUGGCAUUUUAUGGAGCGAGUUCCGGCGUUGCGUGGAAGCCGCAAUAGACCGGCUGGAACCAUGGUGACAAAGCCGGUCAGCGUGACUCGCGAGGUGUACAGGACCAUGCUCCUCGACAAUGUCAUCCCUGCUGUCAAAGCGAAAUGGCCCCAAGGCGAGACCAAGGGAGUGAUCAUUCAGCAGGACAACGGCAAGCUUCACGUUCCCCUAUCUAACCCUCGCAUCGUUGCUGCGUGCACCGGCGGCGGGUGGGCCAUGCAAGUGAGGUUCCAGGCACCCAACUCGCCGGAUCUCAACGUGUUGGACCUGGGGUUCUUUCGAGCGUUGCAGACUCUUCAAGAACGGAACUAUUCGCGCAACAUUGACGACAUCAUUACUGCAACCGAUGAAGCGUGGCAGGAUGUCGACAUGAUUACUUUGAACGCCAACUUUCUCACGUUGCAAUGCUGCAUGCAAGAGAUAAUGCGCGUGGAAGGCGACAACUGUUACAAAAUCCCGCAUAUGAAGAAGGCGAAACUGGAUGCUGUGGGUAUGUUGCCCGAGGUUGUUUGCGUUGAUCGUGACCUGUUUGAUGACGGGUGUCGACUACUCAGUGCUACUGAUUUCGACAAUAAGAUCGACGAAUUGGCACUUGAAGUGGCACAGGCGAUGGACUUGAGCGAAUUCAGCUCGCAAAUGGAGAAACUCUCUGUUGAUGGUGAGCUGGAGGAUGACAUUGACUUGGAUCUGGCGCUGCUUUUGGGUAUCGAUCUAUUGUUGUAA